AUGACCCAGUUUACAUUAAUUCCAAAUCAUAAUCUAAUACCUUCAAUUACCGUCUUUGAGUAUAAAAACCUCCACCCACAUCCCCUUUCUCUCAUCUCCGCAUUUGUUUGGCCUCCCUCGCCAACCGUCGCUAUCGUUCACGGCAAGUCUCUCGAUUCCUCCUCCCUCGCACCUCUCUCAUUCCCGGCGUCAAUGUCUUCCAUUCUCAGAUGCUGUUGGAAUUCUAGCAAAGCUAUCAGAUUGUGUAUUGCAGCAAAAGGCGGUAACAUUCAUGGCUACGAUGUUUUCGUUCCCGAGAACAACACCCUCUUCUACUCUCGGAGUGAGUUUAUGUUUGAUCCGGUGAAAUGGCCGAGAAACCAAGUGAUGAAGAUUUUCGUCGCAUUGCGGAAACAUACGGUGCCAUGA